GGGCUGGAUUGGUGUGCACUCCUGAAGCCCCUUCUUUUAAAAAGCCCCUGUCUGCAACCCACAUGAGGAAGAGACACGGCGAGACUCCGCAAGGCGGGCAGCAUCAUCCCUACCUGAUGGUCUGAAGCCUCAGCGGUGACAAAUUGUUGCAGAUCUGGUUGUUUGAUUGCUCUUAAACUUGUAUCCAUGCCGAAUCUGUGAUCAUCUGUCGUCAUCAGCACAAUGUUGGGAUUAAUUAAACUCCUGCUUCAGCUCUUUCUUUUGGCCCCAGUGGCUUUAGGUCAAGGAUUAUUCAGGAGCAGAAAUGCAUCAGACAGAAGCAAAAGAGUGGCCUUCAAAGAAUUCCUUGACUCACAGACAACAGGUGUAACUGAGUGGACAUCUUGGUUCAACAUCGACCAUCCAGGUGGAAAUGGAGACUACGAGCGCCUGGAAGCAAUUCGCUUUUACUACAGAGAAAGGAUCUGUGCUCGUCCUACGGCCAUGGAGGCCCGCACCACAGACUGGGUGGCAGCUGCAGACACGGGGGAAGUGGUCCACUCAAGUUUGGAGAAAGGCUUCUGGUGCAUCAACAAAGAACAGCCGCAUGGUCGCGUCUGUUCCAACUAUCAUGUUCGCUUUCAGUGUCCCCCAGUUCAAAGCUACUGGACUGACUGGAGUGAGUGGGGUCCGUGCUCAACCACCGUUUGUAACGAUGUGGGGAUUCAAGUUCGCCAAAGGAAAUGUGUGAGCGCUCAGCCCAUGCCCCUUUUGUUUGUACCAGCAUGUAUAGGACACCAUGCAGAGAGAAAGGAGUGUUCUACCCCACCAUGCACAGCUAAGUGGAGUCCGUGGGGCCCCUGGGGAAGCUGCUCAGUAACCUGCGGUGGAGGACGCAGGACACGGAGACGAACUUGUGUGAGGACCUCAGAGAAGGUGCAGUGUUCAGGAAGACCUGCUGAGGUGCAGAAGUGUGGCAAAGGUCCAUGUCCAGCCAAAUGCCAGCUGAAGUGUGCUGAAGGCCAUCCAAGUGAGGACUGCAGCAUUUGUACAUGUGCGGAUCAUGUGGUGUUUGGAGACAUUCAAACUGUGACUGGAGUCCCUGUGGCAGGGGCCACUGUGGCUCUGACCAGCCACCCUAAAGUCAUCAGCACUCUGACAGACAAGAAGGGGCAGUUCACACUCUCAGGAAUCUGCUCCUCCAGUUCAACCUUAAUUACCAUCAAUAAAGAGAAGUUUGUACCAGUUGUCGUCCCUACGUCCAGUAACACUAGAGGGAUUUCCUGGCUGCGGGCUACCCUCAGAUCGGCCGAAAAGCCAUAUAUUGUAAAGCACCCAGAGGACAAAGUGCGUUAUGAGGGAGGACGUGUGCUAUUGUGCUGCUCAGCUACAGGAUUGCCUGCUCCAGACAAAUACCACUGGUACCACAAUGGGACACUGCUGGAUAAGAAUGUGUAUAAAUAUGGAGAAGACCUUUUACUACGAGACCUAAAACUAGAACAAUCUGGGGACUACUACUGCAAAACCAGCAACCCUGCAGGGAGCGUCAAGUCAUCUCCAGCUCACCUUACUGUAAUUGCCAAAGAAUCACCUGCGUGCAAUUCCACCCCUGAAACACACCUUGUAAGACUACCAAUGGACUGCGUUCAACCUGGCACCCACUCCAGGUACUACAAUGCAGGUCGAUGUCCUCACAACAAAUGCCCGGGAUCUCUGGACUUUGACAUGCGCUGCAGAGACGGAGAUGGAUUCUGCUGUGGGGUUCAGGAAAUGGAAAGUCGCAUCAUUGACUGUGGCACCUACAAGCUCCCGAUACGAGCUGUGAUACACUGCAGCUGUCAGAAAUGUGUUCAACCCACUGUGCUGGUUCGUGGCAGAGUGGCGGCAGCUGACAAUAAUGAGCCUCUGCGUUUUGGGCAUAUUUACAUUGGUAAAGAUAGAGUAGGCAUCACUGGAUACCAGGGUGGGUUUACUCUGCAAAUUACUCCAGAUACACAAAGGUUGGUUGUAAAUUUUGUCGACCCAACUCAAACCUUCAUCGACACUCCAAAGGUGUUUAUUUUUGACAAGAAAGGUGGAUCUAUCUAUCAUAACGUCAAAGUGAUGAGGAAACAGAUACCGAUUGAUAUCAAUCCAAGAGAAACCAAUUUUAUUGACCUCGGAGAAAUUAAAGGGGAGGAUCCAAUAGGGCAAAUAGUUAUUCCACCGAACUCCUUUUAUAAAGACAAUGGAGAAACCUAUGAAGGGACAGUGAAAGCGAGUGUCACAUUCAUUGAUCCGAGAAACAUUACGACAGCAGCAGCUGCCCCGGGUGACCUCAACUUUGUGGAUGAAGAGGGUGACAUGCUCCCACUGCGGACCUAUGGCAUGUUUUCAGUUGACUUUAGAGAUGAAACAAGUAAAGAAGUACUUGGAGCUGGGGCCGUCCAAGUUCUCCUUGACACACAGCAUGUGAAAAUGCAAGAGCACAUUCCAACAAUGAAACUGUGGUCUUUAAACCCCGACACUGGUGUCUGGGAGGAGGAGAGCAAUUUCUCCUAUAGCACAACUACUGCUGGUGGUCGUGGAAGAAACAAGCGAGAGGAGCGCACCUUCCUAAUAGGCAACAUGGAGAUCAGGGAACGCAGACUCUUCAAUUUAGAUGUGCCUGAAAACAGGAGGUGUUAUGUUAAGGUGCGUACUUACAUGAGCGAUAAGUUCCUUCCUAAUGAACAAUUGGAGGGAGUAGUAAUCAGUUUGAUCAAUUUGGAGCCCAAGCCAGGUUAUUCAUCUAAUCCCAGGGCAUGGGGACGCUUUGAUAGUGUCCUAACUGGGCCCAACGGGGCCUGCUUGCCUGCGUUUUGUGAUGCCAUGAGGCCCGAUGCUUACACUGCAUACGUCACAGCAAUACUUGGUGGAGAGGAGCUGGAGGCAGCUCCUUCUUCUCCCAAGAUGAAUCCAAAUAUCAUCGGAGUGUCUCAACCUUAUCUAGACAAAUUAGAUUACCAGCGUUCUGAUCAUGAGGACCCAGCUCUGAAGAAAACUGCAUUCAGAAUUAAUUUGGCAAAACCAAACCAAAACAAUCUUGAUGAGACCAACGGACCAAUAUAUCCAUAUCAGAACUUAUUAGCUUGUGAAAAUGCACCUGUGGAUUCAAACCAUUUCAGGUUUUUCAGAGUGGAAAAAGACAAGUAUGAAUACAAUGUUGUUCCUUUUGAGGAGAAUGACUUGACAACGUGGACGAGGGACUACCUCUCCUGGUGGCCGAACCCCCAGGAGUUCAGAGCAUGCUACAUUAAAGUCAAAAUUUAUGGUCAAAAAGAAGUAAUGGUCCGGUCAAGGAAUCUAGGAGGAACACACCCACAGACAAGGGGCAAACUGUAUGGCAUUAGAGACAUUCGGAGUACACGGGACAUGCGGGAAGCCAACACCUCGGCUGCGUGUGUUGAAUUCAAAUGUGGUGGCAUGUUAUUUGAUCAAGCAGAGGUUGAUAGAUCACUGAUAUCAAUUAUUCCACAGGGUAGCUGCAGGAGGAUUGGCACCAACGGUCUCCUACAGGAAUAUCUCAUCAAGCAUCCGCCAGUUGCUCAAAACAACGAGUCACACGCGUUCACCAUGCUAGCCCCUGUUGAUCCAUUAGGACACAAUUAUGGCAUCUACACAGUCACAGAUCAGAAUCCCAGAGUUGCCAAAGAAAUUGCUAUUGGUCGUUGCUUUGAUGGCACCUCUGAUGGCUUCUCCAGAGAGAUGAAGUCAGACUAUGGUGUGGCUCUUACUUUUAUGUGUCCAGAGAAAAAGAUUAACAGAGAAAGCCUCUUCCAGCGUCUGCAGACCAACCCGGGUCAAACUCUUUCUCAAAUGGCAAGGGACAUGAGAGAAAUGGAGGGGCUGCAGGUGCAAAGAUCAUCCACCCAGGUUGUGGCCUUUCCUUCAGAGCAGAGUGGAAGGACCCAAAGUCGGCGAGCCAGUUCUGUAUCUAGAAGGAGAACAUCCGUGCGGGCACAGCAGCGCCAAUAGUUGCCAAAAAGUAGGCUAUUUUUACCCUGAUCCUUACAUUUAAUUAUGUCUCCCUUGAGUUUUAUUCCUAUGGCAUUAAGAGAGACUAGUUUGAAGACACUAAAUCUAAAGAGCAAAGAUGAUGUCUGGUCUAAUAAAAGUAUGACUAAAAAUAUGAAUAAAAAUAAAUCAGUGACGAUAGAUCUACAAACAUACGGGGAGAUUAUUUGUCUUAUAGUAACUUGAAGGUUUCAAUUUAUUUUAUUUUUUUGUUUCAUUUCAUUUAUAAAAGGUUAACAUCCAUUGACUAUUUCUUACCUGUAUUUAUGUUUUUCCUGUGUUCUAAUUUUGGAAAUGAAUUUGUUAAAAUGACAAUGAACUCUUACAGGGCUUGUACUUAUGUGGGAUGUUCAGACAUCUUUUAUUGCUUGAUUUAAAACCAAACCACUGUGAUAAACCAAAUGCCAUUAUAAUAAUUAGGUGUUGCAGCCGAAGUUAUUCUAUUUAACAUCCAAAUGAUCGCUGGAAAAGGUCCUAGCCCACAGAUACUGAGCCUAUUUCCCACAGAUUGGUGAACUCUUUCCAUUAAGAGGAUAUUAUGUAUGACAUGCUGCUAAUAAAGGAUUAUCAAUAUUUUACCAAUAUUGAUUUAGUUGCAUGUCCCUAAAAAUGUAACACUGUGACCAGUUGAAACUUCAGAGGGUAAGAAUCCGUAUGUAACAGGAAAAAAAGGAUUAUUUAGGAUUAAAAGAAUAAUUGUUUUUUUUUUUAUUACACUUGGACCUUGAAGCAGCAUAGAUUCAAUUUAAAUGUAGUAUUGGUCAAAUUCAGCAUGUUUUGGAAAUAUUACAGCAAACUAUCUAAAAAUGGCCUGUAAAUGAAAUCACUCAAACAGUGUUUUCAUAAACGCCUGAAGAAAACGCACUACUUUUAAUAUUAAGGACAGCUAAGUUAAACCCAGGUAUCCUAUUCUGAUAAGUAUUGAUUAGCUUUUAAAGGAUUAGUCCCUAAAAACUUAACUAGAUGCGGAUGGGCUCUCUUUUAGUCAUACCCUCAGCUAAAGGCAUGUCAAACUUUUAAAGUUAAAAAGCAAAACUGUGUAUUAUUAUUAACACAAUAUUUUGUAGACUAACAAACAUGCAGCUCUUGCUGUAAAAGGUGGUAUAGAGCACAGCUCAGACUUUCUAGCUAAAUUAAUUAUUUUCCUGCAAAUAAGUAAGUAGACCAUGCAGAAAUAUGCUAAAUAAUCACAACAUUACAUAAAAGAACAUUCUUAGUAAAACAUAAAAUGUGCCUUUAGUAAGGACUCUAGCUGCCAUAAAUUAUAUGAAGGAUUAAAAUGUUUUGCAAAUAAAGAUUUUAAUAGUUAAUGAGAAGGAUUCAUGAAAACCUAUCUGCUUUUCUCUAGGCUGUUAUACUCUAUGUCUUUUGAUUCCAUUAUUUACUCUUUUGGGAUUUGGUGGCUACAUUUUCAAGCAAAAACCAUUUGUUGAACCUUCAAUUUAAUCUCAUAAUUUAAUAAAGUUUAAUCAAGUUGGUGUCCACCAUUGCCUUUUCAUAAAUGACUCUAAUCAGUUGCAUGAACAAAAAAAUUUAGCAGCAGAAAAAAGGGCUGUUUACUGUUGCUCGGUUGGUUGAGAGAAUUUGCUUUAUGUCAUCUGAAGGAUACGUUAGCUUUGCAAUAAUAAGCUUAUUAGCAAGUAGAUUGAUCGCAGACUUCUGGAAAACUUCUAAUAGCAUUUUUUUCACUGAGCCUGCUGUAAAUAAUAAUACUGUAAUAAUACUUUGUUUUUUUACUGAUUGUUUUCAAACUGUACUCUUCUUCUUGUUCACUCUUUUUAUUUUUUCUGAACCUGUUUUUUGUUCAAAAUUCUUAUUAGACUGUUUUGUCAUUAAAGAAACACAUUGCAAAAAU